AUGUCUUACGUUCGUAAACCAGGCAAGUUUCUGACAAAACUGAGAACGUUAGGUCAGCCUCGCUUUCCAAGAACGUUAGGUCAGCUUCGCUUUCCAAAAAAGCCAAUAGAGGAGAUCAGUUUGCCCUUGCAAAUCGGUUCGAACGUGUCUGUAGAGCGAUAUAACAAAUUUAUUGACCGUAAAGCGCCCCGCGGUUACAAAUACCAUUACGAAAACGGCGACGUUUUUAUUAUCGAUAUGUCUUCGUAUGAACAUUCCAGGAUCGUUGUCUUCUUGAUAAAUUACUUUAAUGUCUAUAAUGGUGGAACUCCAAUGCGUAAUCAGCCAAUUCUAAUUAGUGGUGACACUUUCCAUCCUAGUCCUAUUAAAGAUGAGGAGAGGAUUGCACCAGACAUUUGCAUAUCACCGAAUGAACCUUACGUUCCAAACCCCACUGUUCCCCAUCCGGGUUCUCCUCCAAGCAAUUCGAAUGGUAAGUCGCAUGCCAGGAUCGUGGUUGAGAUUGCUCAUUGCCAAUCUACCGAGUCUUUGAAGUCGAAAUGCAAACUAUGGAUGCGACAGGAUUAUGUCCGCUAUGUGCUCGGAAUCAAGUUCCAUGAACCGAGGAAGAUAAAGGAUCCUCAAGGAAGGUAUUAUAGAGCAAUGACAGCAAGGCUCUGGACACAAGGAGCACGGUGCCAAAAGUGGGACUUUGGGAGUGUGCCAAAAAAGGCUCUUAUUACGCCGGGUAAAGAAAUUCCUACCACGGGAUGUGACAGACCGGACAUUCCAGAAUUUGUGAUCAAUAUUCCAGUUAGUGCAGUUUUUUAUAAUCCACCAUCAGUUUCGCUGCCUGCUGGAUUGAAUAUCGAUCCUGCUGCUAAUUUCACUAUUGACCUCUUUGAUGUUCAACAAGAAGUCCUAAAUAGGCAAAGAAAUUAG